CUCUUCUUCGUUUGUCUCCUUUUUCUAAACCUCAUGCGUCCAAUUUACUGAAUCUACCGGAGCCUUUCGCAUUUAUUCGCCAUGUAUUCAAACAUCCUGAAGACUCCGGAGCCUGGAUUCUGCUUCGAAAACACGUCAAGAAAUACAAAGUUUGACAGCUUGGUGAAAGGGAAGAAGCCAAAGGCGACUAAAACUGGAACAACUAUUGCUGGAGUUGUGUUUAAGGAUGGAGUGGUUCUUGGUGCAGAUACUCGUGCCACAUCCAGUGAAGUGGUAGCUGACAAGAUGUGUGCCAAGAUUCACUUCCUGGCUCCUAACAUUUAUUGCUGUGGUGCAGGGACAGCAGCAGACACACAGAAAGUUACUGAACUAAUCUCCUCCAAUCUCACCAUCUUCUCAAUGAACAGUGGGCGCAACCCCCGCGUCAUCAUGGCAGUCAGCGUCCUUCAGGAUACUCUCUUUCGAUACCAUGGCCAGAUUGGAGCUAACCUGCUGCUGGGUGGGGUGGAUUGCACAGGAGGUCACCUCUAUGAUAUUGGACCUUAUGGUGAUAUGGACAAGGUGCCAUUUCUUGCUAUGGGAUCUGGAAAUCUACCAGCCAUGGGAAUCUUAGAAGACGGCUUUAAAUCAGACAUGGAUCUGGAGUCUGCCAAACAUCUGGUUCGGGAUGCCAUCUAUGCCGGUAUAAUGAAUGAUUUGGGUUCAGGUCACAACAUUGACUUGUGUGUCAUUACAAGAAAUGGUGUUGAUUACAUAAGACCGUAUCAGGAGUCAGCACUCACUGGGAAAAGGGAGGGACAUUACAAAUACAAGCCAGGAACAACAGCAAUACUGAAAGAAAAAGUUCAGCGCUUGGAAAUGGAGUUGAUCGAAGAGCGUGUUCAAAGCAUGGAAACCUCAUAAUGAUUGCUUUCUGUGCUACUUCAUUUUAAAACCAUUAACACAUCAACCUCUGCAAGUGUCCACAAAUAGGAGAGAAUAUGAAACUAGAUGCUGUCACAUGAUACCUACAAUUUCAAAUAAAUUGUGAUUCAUCCGUUUUGAA